CGAUUGGCGCGCGCUCUGUCGGCCGUGGAAGGAACCGAGGCCAACAAGAAUUCACACGUCGAGCCAGCCACCUCUUUUUUCCCGUUUCGUUGCAUGGGCCAGACAGCAUGAGUGCUCCAGCCGCACCGACACUGCACCGAGGAAUCGUCAAACAGAUCCUCUCAGGGGACUCUGUGGUGAUCCGUGGUCCUCCGAAGGGAGGCCCUCCGCCGGAGAAGACGAUCCUGCUGUCCAACAUCUUGGCCCCCAAGUUGGCCAGACGUGCUACCACCAGCGCUGACGAGACGAAAGAUGAGCCGUUUGCUUGGGAGGCUCGCGAAUUCCUGCGAAAGAAGUUGGUCGGGGAGAGUGUUCUUUUCACCCUCGAGAAGCCCCCAAAUGCCACUAGGGACUAUGGCGUCAUCUACUUGGGCAAAGACGCAGCCACCGGCGAGAAUGUGGUCGAGACCCUUGUGUCCGAGGGUCUGGUGUCCGUCCGAGUUCGUGACCCGUCUCGUCCAUCGGCCGAGCAGGCCCGCCUGCUGGAGAUCGAGGCGGCCGCCAAGAGCGCUGGCAAGGGCAAGUGGAGCCCAAACGCUGCGACCCACGUUCGAGACUGCAAGUGGAACAUCGAAAACAUGAAGCAUUUCGUCGAACGCAACCAGGGCAAGCCCAUCAAGGCCAUUGUGGAGCACGUCAGGGACGGAUCGACGGUCAGGGCUUUCCUUUUGCCCGACUUUUACCACAUCACCCUCAUGAUAUCCGGCAUCAGGUGCCCCCAGACCAAGAUGGAGAACAACCCAGACUCGGUUUCUCAGCCCUAUGGAGACGAGGCCAAGUUCUUUGUCGAGUCAAAACUGCUGCAGCGCGAUGUUGAGAUCAUCCUCGAAUCGGUCAACAAUGCCAACUUUGUUGGUUCCCUCGUCCACCCGAAGGGAAACAUUGCCGAGGCUCUUCUGUCUGAGGGUUUUGCCCACUGUGUCGACUGGUCCAUGGCGCUGGUGAGCUCCGGCUCAGACAAAUUGCGCGCCGCUGAAAAGCAGGCCAAGGAGAAGCGGAUUCGCCGCUGGAAGGACUGGACGCCGAGCGCCGCCUCUCUGCUCACCGGCAAGGAGAAGGAGUACACGGGCACCGUGAUGGAGAUUGUCGGGGCCGACGCCCUCAUCGUCCGUCUGUCCAACGGCCAGGACAAGAAGAUCUUCCUGGCCUCCAUCCGCCCCCCAAGGCUGGCUGAAGAGAAGCCCAAGGAGGGAGAGGCCCCGAAGCCCCCUCAGCCGAGAGACAAGAGCUUCCGCCCACUCUACGACAUUCCUCACAUGUUCGAGGCCAGGGAGUUUCUGCGCAAGAAGCUCGUUGGCAAGAAGGUCAACGUGGUCGUCGACUACGUCCAGCCGGCCUCUGACAAAUUCCCUGAGAAGACUUGCUGCACCGUCACCAUUGGAAAUGCCAAUGUUGCCGAAGCCAUGGUGUCCAAGGGCCUGGCCACUGUGAUCAGGUACAAGCAGAACGACGACCAGCGCUCCUCGCACUAUGACGAGCUCUUAUCUGCCGAGACCAAGGCCUCCAAGGGCCUCAAAGGUCUGCAUUCCAAAAAGGACACUGGCUUGAAGCGAGUCAACGAAGUGUCUGGACAAAGCUCCAAAACAUACCUGGCUUCAUUCCAACGUGCGGGACGUCUGCGGGGCGUGGUUGAGUUUGUUGCCAGUGGAUCCAGGAUGAGAAUUCACAUCGAAUCUGAGUCUUGCGUCAUCACUUUCCUGCUUGCUGGUAUCAGUUGCCCUCGUGGAUCAAGACCAGCUGCAGGUGGACAGGGCAGGGUCGAAGGUGAGCCUUUCGGCGAGGAGGCCCUCCUGUUCACCAGGGAGAGAGUUUUGCAGCACGAUGUUGAGAUCAAGGUUGAUAGCACCGACAAGGCAGGCAGCAUGAUUGGCUGGUUGUGGGCCGAGAACCACAACUUAUCGGUGCUGCUGGUUGAGGCUGGUUUGGCAAGUGUGCACAACACUGCCGAAAAGACUGAGUUCUACUCGCAGCUCAAGAGAGCAGAAGACAGUGCCAAGGCCAAAAAGGAGAAGAUUUGGAAGGACUACGUGGAGCAAGAAAAGACUCAAAACGAGGACGACAUUCCCGUCGAAGAUGAAAAGGCGCCAGUCGAACGCAAAAAGGAGUACACGGCUGCGUACAUCACCGAAGUGGCUGAUGAGUUGCAUUUCUAUGCUCAGAAGGAGGACCAGGGAUCCAAGCUGGUCGCCAUGAUGGACGAGCUGACCCAGUCUUUCAAGACCAACCCACCUCUUGGUGGCGCUUACACCCCUAAGAAGGGCGAUCUCUGCGCCGCCAAGUUUGCUGACGGCAACUGGUACAGGGCCAGAAUUGAGAAGGUUGCCAAGGGAGGUGCUGACGUGGAGGUUUUCUACGUUGACUACGGCAACAGGGAAUCUGUUUCCACCUCAAGAUGCGCUGCCCUGCCACCAGCCUUCACUGCUCCCAAGCCCUAUGCUCAUGAGUACACCUUGGCGUUGGUGAAGCUGCCAUCUGAUGUUGAGGACAGAGCUGAUGCAAUUGACGAGGUGAAGAAGGUGCUCAUCACCAACGACCCUGUCUUCAUCAACGUCGAGUACAGAGUGGGCACCCAGGAGUUUGUCUCGGUCGCCACUGACAAGGAGGGCAAGGACGACAUCAUCAAGUACCUUCUGGAGGAAGGAUUCUUGCUGUUGGAGAACCGCAGAGAUAGACGGCUCAAGAAACUGAUGGACGAGUACCAUGCGUCUCAGGAAGCUGCCAAGAGGGCACACGCCCGCAUCUGGCAGUACGGUGACAUCACCGAGGACGACGCCACCGAGUUUGGCAUCAAACGCUAAUCGAACAAGCCGGUUGCGACAUGGGGGCGACGCCAGUUUUCCCGAACCCUGAUUUUAUUGCGAGACUUGCCCACGAAAACCAUCGAGAGGGUGGUCUGCGUGCACCCCCGUGUUUCGCCCAAACAUACAUACAAAAAAAAAAUCACCCAAGCGAGAAACAACAACUACUGCCCCCACCCCAGUGAAGAAAUUUGAAUGAUUACGGGAACAGACUGGAGGAUUUUUGUAUCGCGGAGAGAUUUUCUUGCUGGAAAUCUCCCCUCUUUGGAAAUCCACUUGACCAGACAGGAAUUUAUAAAAUAUGCUGAUUAAUAGUUGAUUAAGGGAAUACUCGAGGUUAAGAAAAUUUAUACACACAGACAGACAGACACACACACUUAAAAUGAUGAACCCUUUUUCCCACCCCCGAAUGCAUUGUGUGAAUGUAGAGAUUGUUUCAAGAGCUGUGAUGUCAAAUGUGAACUCUUUUUAACGAUACGUUGAACCUCCCCAGGCGUCGUUGGUCAGGGGUCUAGAAAUUUGUGUGAUUGCGAGAGAAUGAGCUGGAGAAAAAACGUCAAACAGACCCACACAUUGAAAGAAACACCUCAUUUUUUUUAAUGAUUCUUUAUUUCACAAUUUGGUGCCGUCAAUCACGAAAUUUGCUUACGAGAAAGAGCUGCUUGAAGUGAGCACUGGACAGUGCCUUAAUUGUUAACAGUUUUAAUUGAGACAGCCGUCGCAUUAUUUAUUUUGCGCAGUAGGGACGGACAUUGUACUUUUUGCAUUGCCAAAUUUGUGCAACCAGACGACUGAUCUUUUUUAUUGAUUUCAUUUUCUCCGUAAGCAAUUGUAUCAAGAAAACCUAUCCCCAAAUAUGCGUUUGUGAUAAAAAUAAAGGAAAAGUAACCCUCUCUAUAUAAUUUUUGGCCUAACGGAUUCGUGGAAGAGAAGCUUUUCGAUUCAAAGCCCGAUUUUAGAUUUCCAUUUUUUUAUUGUUAAUUUUUAUACUGUGUUUGAAUCAUAUCAAGAAGAAUGUUUCCAAUCCCUAUCGCAGCCAUCGGAGAAACUCAAGCGCUUCCUCUCCCCUGUAAUUUCAUUGGUCUACCACUCCAUGUUUUUUUAGCCUUUAAACGAUUGAUUGCUGUUUGUUGUUGCAAUUCAUUGUGAAUGUUUUUAGUUUGACAGAAGAUAUCCCGCUGCCGAUUACUAAUUUUUGUAUUCGAGUAAACUAACUGAUUAGGUUCUUUGUUAUUUUGGGAUAUGGGGGUCACGUUAAAAUAAACAACUCAUAAAAAUAUAAAAAAAAAA